AUGGAAAUUCUAAGCCCUUCCUUUUUGUUUCAUCUCUUUGCCAUCAACCUUCUUGGCCUCUUGCUUCCCCUUUCGUUCCUCCUCCUCGCUCGUCUCUCUUCUGUCCUAUAUCUCAUCGGCCUGCUACCGUUGUCGUCGCCUUUGUUGCUCUCUCUUAUUCUCUAUGUAAACUCUCCUCUUCUUUUCCUUCUCGUUUCUUUUGUCAUUGUCUCCACUCUUUUCCACUCUCUCACUGGAAAAUCUGCUCUCCCAACCAAACUCCCUGGUCCCGUCUCCCAACCACGUCUUUACACUGCAUGGAUUUUUCUAUGCACUCUUCAGGUAUGUGUCGGUGUCGGGAUCGAGGGGAGCUUAUCAAGCGGCCUGAACCACGCGGCAGCCGGCCACAUCGAGGGCGGCCUGUGGAGGAGGCUGUUGUUUUUCUUUGGACUUCAUGAGGCGGUGGUGCACUGGACGAGGGCGGUGGUGAAGCCGGUGGUGGAUGACACCGUAUUUGGGGAGUCUAGGAAAGAGAAGUGGUUUGAGACGGCAGCUACAGCGGUGAGUUUGGGCGGGCUGUGGUGGUGGCGGUUGAGAGAUGAGGCGGAGGCGCUAGUGGUUGUGGCGGAAAGCAAGUGGUUGACGUCGGCGGAAUUGGGUCCGGCAGACAUUUCCGGCUGGUGUUUGUAUUACAUUACGGUGGCCAUUGGAAUUGCUAAGAUUGUUAGGUUUGUUGCUUGGUUUGGUGGGAUUUUUGUCUCUACAAAACAUUCUAAAAAGCCCCAUGAGGUUGGUGUUGAGAAUCAUGUUUGA